GGAAAUGAACUACAUGGAAUAAACCGUGGGAAUAUUCCAAAAGACUUUCAUUGACUUUGACUGAAUUUGCAGAGGGACUUGACUCGGAGCCGUUGAAGAGCAGCAACUGAGUAGCGUUAUUCUAAGUUAUUGAUCAGAAACACAUGUGAAAUUUGAGGCUAUUUUCGCCGGUGUGGAUGUAUCAAUAUAUUUGUGCCCAAACAGCACAUUGUGUAGGCGAUGCACAACACUCACCUCUCUGAUCAACGGGAAUAGACAUUUCUCUGACUAUUAUGAACAAGUAGCUAAUACAGUAAGUAGUGUGGUUAACUUGCGAUGGACUCGACCUAUUGACGAAUUCGUGCGGAGGUCCACCCUAUGUAAUAUUGCACUGCGUGCUCUGCCGCGACAGCGCCCGCCCAUCGACUUUUUUUCCUAGCAGAGCAGUGAAAGGAGAUUGAUUUUACUGGAGCAGUGGUGGAGUGUGCACGACCUGCGUGCGUUUGGGUAGAGCUAUUGCCGCCUGAGGAAGUAUUUUAUUUACUUCCUCACCAAAGGACUUUUCAUACUGAUUUUUCGUAUUGAUCCGAACAUCUUGAUGUUGGCUAAAUUCUAAAUAGCGCACCAACAAAGCAAGACAUACACACACAACGCUGGACUCAGGACUCCCUGCUGCGGUGGUUUGUCAUCCUACAGCGAAGCGCCUCCGCAGUCUCUCUGUCCGAUGCGUAGGGGAGGGAGAAUGGGCUGGGUCGCCUAGGCGUCUUUUAUGGGCGCAUGUCAUUGACAAUAUGACAGAUAGCUGAAGGCGAUAGUAGAGACAAGCGACACCCGAGUAUACCGAGCCCCUCAUCUCAGAGCAGGAUACGGGAGAUAGGUGAGGGCAUCCCAUAGGCAGUAGGCGGAGGGGAUCUUACUCUCAAGCCAGCCCAGAAGCUUCGAUCCUCGGGGUGCACCAGAGCUGCACGACGCGAUACCGAGUCGGCCGCAGACCCCUCAUUUCCCCUUCAAAACAGACCGAAGUUUUGCGCCUCCAAACGGAUUAUAGGAACAGUGUCUGCGGAGAGAGAGAGAGACGGGAGACAAUGGGCAUCCGCACGCUCCUUAUUGCAUGUGCGCUGCUUGGCAUGAGCGUGGCCCAGAGGGUAGUGACCGUUCAGAGCGGACCACUGGUACGGACGGAGGGCAGUCACGUGACCAUCUGGUGCAACGUGACUGGUUACAAGGAGGGCGUGGAGCAGGACUUUGAGUGGUCCAUGUACCUGACCUCGGUGCCCGACCGCGAGAUCCGCAUCGUGAGCACGGCCCAGUCCAACUAUGCGUACGCAGUGUACGGCCAGAGGGUCAACAGUAAGGAGAUCUGGGUAGAGAGGCUAACCAGGGACUCAGCCCUGCUCCACAUCACCAAGGUCCAGGCCAGAGACCAGGGGCUGUUUGAGUGUUACACCCCCAACACAGACGGACAGUACCUCGGCUCCUACAGCGCCCGCACCAACCUCACCGUCAUCCCCGACUCCCUCACUGUCACCGCGCCACCACAGACCCUCUCCCAGGUGGAGGGUGACACACUCCAGCUCACCUGUGAAGUUUCCCGGGCGACAGAGCAGCACACACACCUGUCUGUGGGUUGGUACCUGCGUUCCCCUGAGGACUCUAACGUGUCGCCCCAGGAGAUCCUCACCCUGUCCCGAGACUUUGUCCUCCGGGCCGGUGGGCCUUACAAACAGAGGAUGACUGCAGGAGACCUGAGACUGGAUAAGACCAGCGCUACGUCCUACAGGCUGACCAUCCACCGGCUGCAGCCUGCUGACCAGGGCCUGCUCUACUGCCAGGCUGCAGAGUGGAUCCAGGACCCUGACCGCAGCUGGUUCACCAUGACCCGCAAGCAGGCUGAUAAGACCCAGCUACGGAUACAGCCCAUUGAUCGGGACUUCUCUAUCCAGGUGAGCACGGAGCGACGGUCCUUCACGGCGGGCGAGCCGCUGGAGCUGCGCUGCACCAUCGAUGCCCAGAGCGUGCCCGAGCGCUUCUUCUCGGUGUCGUGGGUGUUCAGCAGCUCGCCGGUGGCCGUGAUUGGGCCCAGCGCUGUGCCCGUCCUGGGACUCGACUACGUGGCGCGCGAGGCCGCUGGUCAUAUGACUGUGCGCAAGGAGAGCCCCACUGUGCACUUGCUUAAGCUGCAGCACCUCCGACCAGAGGAUGCUGGGAAAUACAUCUGUAGGGUCACGGAGAGGGAGAAGACACCCACUGGGGACUUUAUAGACCGGAGCAAGAGGUCACGCAACGUCCAGAUCACCGUCCAGCCCAUCAAGAGUAACAUCACAGUGUCUUUGUCCAGUAACUCGUCGGAGGUCCAGGAGGGGGACGUGGUCCAGCUGACCUGCUCCAUCCACUCCACCACGGGUUCUCUCUCGGUGGCCUGGCAGUGGAGUGAGAAGCAGGGCUCCACCCCUCCCCAGAACCUGGCCUCCGUAGACCGCGACGGGACCGUCCGACCAGGCCCUGGGUACCGUGAGCGCUCCAGCUACGGGGAGAUCCGUGUGGAGAGGGUACAGGAGGACAUUUAUACCCUGUCCCUCUACAACGCCUUGCCUGGGGACGAAGGGCUGUUCCGGUGCACGGCCACAGAGUGGGUGGAGGCCGGGACAGAGUCCGAGCAGAGUUGGGAGAAGAUAGGGGAGAAGUCAGCUACUAAGGCCAUCACUGUUAAGACCGUGGAAUCCUCCUUUGUGGUGUCGGCGUCGUCGCGGACGCCCAGCGUGACCUUUGGCGACUCGUUUGACCUCCAGUGCCUGGUGAAGCCCCGCCAUAACCCUCGUGUGCCUGCCUCUGUCACCUGGCGCUUCAUGCCCGCCAGCUCGGGCUCUUCUGGGGAGGUUGGCACAGCAGGCGAGUUCCGAGACCUGGUGACGUUUACCCGCGAGGGCACGCUGCAGUGGGGCGAGCAGCUGCUGGGCCUGGGCACCCGCACCACCGUGGACCGUUCCCAUGCCAACACCAACUUCAGGUUGUCUGUGACGCGCGCUGGGCGCAAGGAGGCGGGGACGUAUCAGUGCUCUGCCCUCCUGUGGAGGAGGAACUACGACAACACCUGGAGCAAAGUGGCCAACAGGACAUCCAACCUGCUGGGGAUCAGCGUGUUACAGCCAGUGUCUAAGCUGCGUGUGCAGAAGACCAACCAGUCCCUGGUCUACCUGGAGGACAGCCGUGUGCGAGUCAACUGCUCCGUGGCCUCCCAGACCAGCACCGACUCCCAGCAUGCCGUGCUUUGGUACGUGCGCCGCGCGACGGGUGCCGAGGCCGACGAGCUCCUGCUGAGGAUUGAGCGCUCAGGCGCAUUUGAGUAUGGCGCGUACGCAGACGAGGAGAGGUUGAGGCGGCGGGUGCAGGCAGAGAGGAUGUUGCCACAGCUGUAUGCGCUGACACUGAACAGGGCAGAGAGCAGCGACUCUGGGACAUACUACUGCCUGGUGGAGGAGUGGCUCACAGAUCCAGACGGAGCCUGGUACAGACUGGCACGGGACUCCUCAGGCUUCACACAGGUCCUCGUCAGACAGCCAGAGGUGCGGUUACAGGUGGAGGAGUCCGAGUCUAACAUCACCGUGUCCCAGUCCAGUUCCAUCCGGUUGGGCUGUAGCAUUCCCUCCCAGUCCUCCAGAGACUCCCGUUUCUCCGUGUCCUGGUAUGUGGAGCACUCCUCCAUGCGCUCUGAGGAGGAAGAACCGGGGGAUGUUGACGAGGGAAACCGGGCCUGUGUGUUCUCCAUCGGACACGACGCCGUGUUCGGGAACGGGAACUGUAGCCCAAUCGAGGAGGCGGGGCCUAACUCACGCCUGCAGUUUGAGAGGACGACCUCUGACCUCUACAGUCUGACUAUCCAGGGGGCGCGACCCGCUGAUGCCGGGCGCUACUACUGUCAUGUGGAGGAGUGGCUACUCAACCCCCGCAACGCCUGGUAUCGCCUGGCAACCAACAACUCUGAUGUCACCAUCGUCAACGUGAUCCAGCAGGUCUCCACCCUGCAGUCGGUGGUAUGCUCCAACGACUCUCUCUUCUACUUUGUCUUCUUCUACCCGUUCCCCAUCUUCGGCAUCCUCAUCAUUGCCGUGCUCCUGGUGCGCUACAAGAGCCGCAGACACAGCAAAUCCCAGGAGAGCAAGAACGGCGCCCCCUUACUGUGGAUCAAAGAACCCCACCUCAGCUACUCCCCCACCUGCUUGGACCCCCCCGUCCUCAGCCUGCACCCCGGCUCAGUGGACUAAGGGACAGAUCCAUAGCCCUCAUCCCAUAGUCCUCAUCGCGGACCCAACCAAUACCACGCCAGGGAGGGGCUACUCCGGACCUCCACCUGUCUAAUCACUUCUGUGUCCAAGCUGUCAAUCAACCUGUCCAUCCAUGUAUAAUCCCCCCCCGUCUGCCUGUCUGUGAGUUACCCUGUAGCAGCUCUGUCGUGUGGGUGCAUGUGUGAGCAUGUGGAAAAGUGUGUGUGUUUGGAAUGUGCAGACGUGUGUGUGUGUGUGUGUGUGUGU